UAGAGUUGGUUGUACCUGAGGUGGACACACUCACCUGAGCGAGCGACAGAUAGACAGACAGAGAGAGAGAGAGAUGUACACAGUGGUGCUGCUCUCCUCCUCUCUGUUUCUCCUGCAUGUGACCUGCACACCUCAGAUUCACGGUCAUCACGGGAGGAGAGUGUGUGUUGGAGAUGCCUGGAGUCGUCGUGUGUCUCACAGCACAGAGUCGUUUCUUCAGCCCGUACACAAACCCUACAUCACCAUGUGCCAAAACCACCGCAUGUGUAGCACAUACAAGACAAUCUACAGGAUUUCUUACAGGCAGGUGAGCAGAGCAGCUCCUAAUGUACACAUUUACCCAGAAUGCUGUCCGGGAUGGAGACGCAUGCAUUCACACUGUAACCAAGCGGUGUGUGCGCAGUCUUGUGCAAACGGAGGCUCUUGUGUAAGGCCUAAUCACUGUGCAUGUCUGAAAGGAUGGACGGGACGAUACUGUCAAACAGGUACUUGAUAAUACACAUAAAUGGUCAUUUAGAACAGUUACAGUUAUGCUUAUGGCACAUGCUUUAUGAACUGAGUUGCAUGCACAUAGAAUUGAUGUACAUGGACAAAACCAACA